AUGGCGGAGGAUUUGAAGAAGAUAAAGAAGAAGAAAAACAAGUUCAAAAAAGGCGCCGAUCAAGCCAAUUCCAACGAGUUGAAGCCGAAAAAGAAAGAGUUUACGGUGUCUCCGAAUCCAGGGAGUAGCGGCAAAAAACACAAGGCGGACGGUUUGAAUCAACCAUUGGUGAAGCAUCACGAGGGUCAGAAAUGGUACAGCUAUCAGGUAAACGAAGUAAUCGAUGAUCCUAUCAAUGACACUCUUGGGACUGCAGAUUUGCUAGCUUUAGAGGAAGAGGCUGACGUUCUUCUCAAAACUGAUGUUGAUCUUUACAACCAACAUGUGCGAACCCAAGGAGGAUCUGAAGCCUCUUGGUUACUCUCAGUUAUCAAAAAGGGUACCGCUAGCGAUCCGGAUGACCGCUAUGCAACUUCAGCGCCCCUUGAAGAGAAUUGGGGAGAUUUGUUCCAACAGCAAGGACGGUAG